AUGUCCUCUUUAUCAUUCCUGGGACCAAGUCUGUUGGUUUUUGUGAUUAUAUUUCUAUGGAACUCAAGCGGUUAUGCACUUCCUCAUGAAGGAAAUUUUAAAGUUACAGGACAAGAGAAACAGUUUGACCCAGUCCCAGAUCCUGCUGGCGAAUUUUGUCAAAGAAACAAGAACCCUGCGGGGUUGGGGUUUAUUGGUGUGAAGUACGAUCUACUGAGCGGGAACCCAGAGGGUAACAAUGCUCUGGGGGGUGUUGAUCCGGGAUUUGAUAAAACCAAGAAAAUCUUAAAGCUGACCACAGAAGACGGAGAUGCAGUCCCAAUCCAGAUCUGCUACGAAGAAAGACAGUCUUGUGCAACGACCAAAUCGUCAAAGAUCUUUGGUGGAACCAAACGUUAUCAGGAGAAACUAAGCGUUGAUGUCAGUGCUGAAGGUGUGUUGUUGGCUUUUAUGCUGUAGGCUUUUGUGUAUUUUGUUCCCCACUGAAAUUAUCUACCUUAAUGAUCCAUUUUUUCCACUAAGACUUAAAAAUCUUCCGAUAAUGUUCAAUAUACAACGGCUUUUUAAUCAAUUUUAACGUAUAAGUAGUCAACGUAUACAUACAAUUUAAUGGUUUUAACUGACAGAAAGCGACAAAUAAAGCGCACUAAAAUGCUCGAAUAUUGCUUAUUAAUAAUGCUUUUGCCUCACAAUGAUACUUGAAAAAAAUGCCUCUGAAAAACCAAGGAAAAGGGGGAUGGUAUUCUAAAAAAAACCCCGCAACAGCAACAAAGCAUUUGUCGUUUUCUUCUGAGUGAGUUAGGGCCACGCUUAGGGUUGAUGAGAUGGAAGCUAUAUUACAUGGUUUUUCGGGUGGGGGAGAGGGAGUCCUAAAACGAGUAAUCACUGUCGAAUUUGUUUAUUCCAUCAAUAGGUCAUUUCCUAGUUCCCCCGGGCCUCUGUAUCAAAACGAGGUUAAGUGCCCAGCCUUUGAUGUGAAAAUGAUUUUUCAUUCUCAUGCAAAUAAAACUCAAUUCCACAAGAAAGGAUGUGCACUUGGUCUCAUUUUGAAAGUGAGGGUUUUUGGAACUCGUAAGUGGCCUAUUAUAUAUUGCUUGCUUUGAGGGUGUUUACGGUCGUUAUUGCAAGAAGGUCAAAAUAAUCACUUCCACCUAUAAUAUGCCAAUAUUGUCCUCAAGAUUUAAAGUUCUUCAUUGUACAUUGCCUUUUGAAGAAAAUUACGACAAACAUACCGUCGCAGGGAACACAGUUUGACAUUGCUCUUGAAAAUCAUGCAUUGAGACGCAGCCUACAGAACUGAUUAGUCAGUUAUCUGCUGGUAGAUAACUAACUAAUCUGUAGGUUGCGCUGAUUUGCAAAAUUAACUGUAGGUUCCUAGCAGAGUUUCUUGUCCUAGCCAAUGAGAAGUAAAGUGUAUGAUAAUGUCAGUUUUUUCACCCCUAAGAAACCAUUUAACGUUGCUUUUUCCUAACAAAAGCGCAGGCAAAGAUGGCGGGUAUCGUGAAUGCUCUCUUUUGUCAAUUCUUUUUUGUGUGUGUUAUUAUUAAUUUUAGCUUUUUAUUUGUCAUUUUUAAAACAGCUGGAUACUCCGGAUUGUUUGACUUUUCCUUCAGCUUAAGUUCAAGUAAGUUCCUUUUGUUGAAACUUUAUCGUACUCUAAGUAAUAAUAGUUAAAAACAGUUUUAUUGGCCAAAAACAUAAAAUGAAAGUAAAGUAACGAUAUCAAACAGCAAGUGAAAGUAGUUUUCUAUCUAAUGGACCAACUGUUUACAAUCUCGAUGGCUCAAUACACAUUUUAUCACCACAGCUUCUUUUAAGAGCUUUGAAAGACGACAGCCGUACUGAAAGUUGUUUCUAACUGAUUUUCCUUGCAGAGUAUGAGCAGAUGAAAAAAAAGCACUCAAAGUGGAGAAACGGUCUAUCGUGACUGCACAGAAAUCUGCAAUAAAGGUGAAGCAAGAUACCGACUCAAAUUAGUAGAAAACUACCAGUGGACACUGACCGAAGAGUUUGCUGCUGAUGUUUGUGGAUUAACAGUAAAAUUCAGGAACCGUAAAGACAAAAAGACAUACUUCGAUUUCUUGAAUUAUUGGGGAACAGUAAGUUGAAAGCAUGGUGAUAGACCUCUUUACCUGGUAUGUUUUGUUUUCCUAAUGACCCAUGGAACCUUUUUCUUUUCAUAAAUUAUGAGUGCAUAUGCACGGGAAUAAGACGAAAUAUGAAAGAAACAGUUCUUUAGAGUAUUAUAACAUAACCUUCUUUAGGAAAACAACACAUGCGAGCAUUGCCUUUAGGGAACAUGAGUUUCGAUUAAAUAAAUGUUAAAUCUUUAUUUAAUAAAGUUGAAUUACUUACAUUGAAGUAGUCUUUUGUCGUUUCUGGUCAAUUCUGGCCGUAUUUUGUUGUAAAAGCCUGGAAAUACCCUUUGUUUUGAUUCAAAGGUAGAUCAGCAUUCAUUAAAACUUGGUAACCGAACAUUCUCUUCGAAUCCUGGGGCGCGGACGCUAAGUGCGUGGAGUAUUCUUACUAGUAAAAAGUGACCCAGGGGUUUUUAGUAGAGUACUCCACGCGUUUAUCGCCCGCGCACCAGGAUUUGAAGAAAACGCUCGGUUACCAAGUUUAAAUGAACGCAUAUCGACUUCUGAAUCAAAACAAAAAGUGUUUGUAGGCUUUCUACAAUAAAUAUACGGCCAGAAUUGACCAGAAAGGACAAAAAGCUACUUUAAUGUAAAUAAUUCAACUUUAUUAAAAAACGAUUUAACCUUUAUUGAGUUGAAACCCAUGUUUCCUUUGCCCAUGAUUUAAUAUUCAUGAGACAAAAACAAAACGCUAUGAUAUCAUCGCCGUUAAUUUUUUUUUUGUUACCGCAAAGUAAUGAGAUCCCUCCUCAAAGAUGGUCAAUUCGACGCGCCCUAUACUACUCCAGGGUCUAUUGUUCACUAAACAAAAAACCUCUGCGUUGAAGGUAUCAUUUCGCGGUGGUCGAAUAUAUAAAAUUGACUGGAAAAAAAUUUGACGACGGCUCUCCUAUCUUGUUUAUCUGUCUUACCUAGCAUGUUGUAGUUAAAGUCGUACUGGGGACGAAGAAAAUCACGAGAUUCAGAAGUUCACUUCAAGAGUUCAUAUCUUACGCUUCAGAAAAUGUAAGUUUGUACAUUAGUGCACAACACACCUUAUAAGCUUAUUCCCCUAUUGUUGGAUUGUGGAUAGGGUAGAAUUUUUUAAUCAUUCGAUUUCAUCUUUCUUUGUUUUUUCCUUUCUGGAAAAAAAAACUAGAGCAAUCACUCACGCUAAGGAAGUGUUACAGUUUUUCUACUAAGUUGUAAACAGCCUAUGAACGGCUAGUAAAACUAGGUUUAACUAAUACAGUCAAAUCCCGUUUUACGGGCACCCGCUUAAUAAGGACAGUUAACAUUGUCCCUGGGGAAAAAAAGCCUUUACAUUUUCUUUUAAUUAAUCUCUCUUAAUAUGGGCACUUUCUAUGGCUCCCUCUUGGUCCGUAUUAACGAGGUUUGAUUGUACGAGUAAACUCUCAGAACAUACAAAGUGUUGACAACUAGUAGAUCAUAAUAACUGCCUUGCAAGAAUUCGCUAAAAACCGUUUCUCCCAAAAGUCGAUUUGCCAGACGACGUGUCGCCCGGACUUAUUUGACUCGCCCGAUGACUUUCAACACUCUCCUGCUCGACGUGCAGUCACUGUCUUUACGGUUAUUUUUUUGUCAGGCUUAAAGAACGACAAAUUCAUAUUGGGCGAAUCGACUUAAGUCCGGGUGAACUGUCCGCGGGCGAAAAGGACCGAAUGCCCCGUUGAGAAAGAGUCUAUUACAUUCCGUCUACGUUGCUCGUGCAUAGAAACAAUUGCCAAGCUUUAGUUUUUGCUUAAGCAGAAAACUUAAACAAGUUUUUAUAUGAUCUUCUUUAACAUGGCAUGUUAGCUUGACCCUUAAAAGUGAUUUGUCCGUACACAAUUUUCACACUAGUUGACAGUUAUCAGUUUUGCCGAAUGUGCAUAGAUAAACCUUCAGUUACCCAGUUCCAUGCUUAAAAAAACGUUGUAGGGUGUUUUUUUUUAGAUUUCCUUCCAAGAUGUGUUUCACAAUCGGCUAUCCUUUUGUUAAGCUAUAAUAACUGUUUGCUAAUCUAUGUUUGUCAAUCUUUCUCUGUCAAUCUAUCUGUUUCGCAACCCGCAGCCUAUCCUUUUGUUGUGCUCUUUUCUUGCCUCGAUCGUAUUAUUAGAUUGCCAUACAAUCCAAGUUGAACUGUUUUUUAUGGUCUAUAAAAAAUUUCAGGCUACCAACAGUUUUUCCGUGUCCGGAGGUUAUGCAGGUUUUAAGGCAUCAGCGAGCGUUGACGUCAAUAAAUUUGAGGAAUCAGAGGAGAGUAAAAAAGAUUUUGGAGAAGAACAACUUACUUAUAAUAUCGGUGGAGACAGUCUUCCUGAACCGAUUCAGGUGACCUUAAUGGGAAUCGAAGAGACGCUGACGCCGACGUUUUGGAGCAAUUUAGAAGAGCUGAAGAAAAAGAGAUCAUGCAAAAAGAUGACGCUUACAAAACUUGGAAAGUUUUUAAGGAACAUGAGACAAGCGAUCAAGCAAUACCCGAAAGAAAUGCACGUCAAGCGAGCUAAAGGUGUUUAUACUAUCCAUUUACACCUUGAUGUUAUGAAUCAGUAGCAAACAUCUUUAGUGCUGUACUAGGCUUAUCAGUCAUGAUCAGAGGGUAUUCAGUUUACAAGUACCAGUUCUUUUUUUCAUCAACAGAGUCUAGAUUUUGUUGAAUCAAGUAAGAUCAGGGUCUGGAAUUUGCAUGGCUUCAAUUCAUUUGAAUUUAAAAGUAGUUUUUAUUCUUGUAGAAUUAGUUACCUUUAAAACUGGUUACUUAAAAAAAAUUGAUGUCGUAGUUAGUGUAUUAUUGUAAACACUUAUAUCAAUUGCUUGGCUUAAGUGCUGACUAGUCAACAUUCGAAGUUAACUAUAUAUCGUUACCCUCUAGCCUAAAAAGAGGGGUGGCGAAUGGUACCUCGAAAAACGUGGGUCUCGGAAAAUUUUGGCAGGAUCUCGAAAUCUCGGAAGCGUUUUUGAUAAAUCUCGAAGUUUCGUUUUUUCAUGGUUUGUUUUUACUUUUUUUGAGUCUCGAAACUUUUCACCAAAGAGUCUCGGGCUCGGAUUUCUAACUAGGAUCUCGGCGUCUCGGCGGGUCUCGGAUUUUACCAUUGGCCACCCCUAAAAAGCGAUGCUGUUCAAGACUCUUAAAGCACUUACUUAUUAAUAGUUGAGCGACUUACAAGUACCGAAAAUGAUAAAGACAGUGCAGUAAUUUGCGCAGAUGCCGAGCUUACGCGCGAUGUGACGCGGAAAGAUUUAUCAUUUCUCUCAUCCAACGGUAUACUGGCAACUGAAACUCUUCGUUAUCCCCGGCGGCCAUGUUGUGUCUUUUUUAGCAGGCAGCAAAUCGGGUUCUUGGAGGGCGUUGCGCGCGGAAAAUUGACGGAUGGUGUGUCACACAAAAAAGUCGAGCAAAAUGCUCCCGCUACUAAUAGCCUGUUCCAGGCUCCGAGAUAGUCGGGUCCGCUGAAUUUAGAACACAAAAAUAAAACGGGAGGAAAGUGGGGAGAGGAGGGGCCCGCCACGCUACCUUUUCCCGUCCCUUUUUCUCGUUCCGUGGAAUAUGACAGUUCGAAGGUCCUUUGAAUGUAAUAUAGCAAUAAAAGAAACAACCAACUAAAAGCAAUUUAGUGUCAUUGGGAGUUAUAUAUAUUUUUUAAACCUGCACUAGGAACCAUUUUUGAGGACUUCAACACAGUCAAUUCAAAGGUAAUUGUUAAUCAGUCUAUUUUCUCUGCAGAUAAUCCCAUGGAACUUCAGCUUUCCUGGCCAUCUGGAUAUUACUCGCUGUUUGCUGCUACCCAUGACACCUCCUUAACAAAGGUGUGCCCUCAGGGAAUUGGAUUCCAGUGGCGGCAUGGCAGUAUAACAGACCAAAAUCAUAUUAUAUUUAAAUCAUUACCAACCUUAAUGGCGUCGUUAAAGAUUAACAUUAAGCAGAUUGGAAAGACUGGAGAUUGGGAAAAUUUUGGCGGUGUGAAGUACGAAUUCUGCACAAAGACACAAGACCCUGGCAGCCAAUACUUCAGCCAAGACUGGCCUAAAGGAAGAUACUGUAUCUUACGAAAGAGUAGGAUCACUAGAGAACCAAAAUGUCCAAGACGUAAGUUAGAUCUUUUGUAUUAUUGUUGAUGAGCCGAUAGAAUUCCUUUGACUUGGGGUCAUGAGAACCUUGCUUUUUAAGCUUAACCCAUUCGCUCCUGGAGAUUUUGCCGAAAAACACGUUUUGAAGCUAGUCUAGUGGUUUUCUGGUCACUGUCGUGCUAUAAAGAGCUAAAACUUACCACAAACCGGUUUACAGGCCGUACACUUCGCGGCCUUCUGAUCCAGAUGCAAAAUACCAGCUUGCGAAGUUCGGGCAUGCACAGAAAGCAAAAUUUGGGUUUAAAAGUGACACAGCAGUCUUGACUUUUACUUUUCGCUUUCGCUCCUCCCCUCUUUUUUUGCUUUUCUUGCCUCAUUUUUUUUUUCUCUUGCUGGGCAUUUAGUAGGCUUCGUUUUGGUGGGAAGAGUUUUUAGAAAAGCUUUUAGGAUCUUAGGAUUAGGUGAAAGGAAAGGUAGGUGAGCAAUGGAACAAGAUUUUCAUGGAGAUUUUCAGGUCAAUGUCACAUGAUUUUUUGCUUCUUUCUCCGGUGUCCUUGACUCAAUUGUGCUCAUUCUGGUAUGGUUUGAAAGAUCUCUUCACUCUGCACAAGUUAGCAGACAAAGUUUCCUUGAUUGUUAAAACUGAUGACGUCACAAAGGGUAGAAAGGACGCGAAUCCGCACGGGCGGUUACAGGCGGUUCAGGGGUGAAUGGGUUAAUUAUAGUUUACACUGCCUUUCGGUUCUUUGUUCUUGCACGUUUCGGUCUGCUACCUUCUUACAUCGUACCCAGAUAUCACAUUGUCUACCCUGGGUACCAGAGGUUUUUUCUCGCGUGCGACGGGGAGCUUCAUUUUUUUCGGCCGCAGGCCGAAGACACGAGCGGCGAAGCGCGAGUCACUUUUUAAGACUUGACCGAGACCGGAAACCGCGCAUGAAAAGCCUCUGGCACCCAGGGUACAUUUUGUCUUACAGUACGCUGAAAAAUGAGAUCGCCGGAUCGUGUGUCAAACCACACCGCCUCCCUAAUAUUUCGCCUUUGUUUUUUAAUCAUCAGAUUUCGAAGCUGCUUCUGUGAUGUGGAUUGAUGAAUUGGAUUACGGAGCAUUUGAAGACUCUCUGAGACCUCCGUUGAAAAAAGGAACAUACCCUGAUGGCUCAUUCGAAAGUAAAAAACACUUGAAAAUAGAAUUCUGUUGCAGGCAGGAUGGCUUUGUCGACAACGGAAUCCAUUUACCUCUCGGUAAGGUUCCUUUUACUUUGUUUAGAUCUGGUGUAAAGGAGGUUUAAUAUCGUGGAUAAAACACUGGUAUCAAAGUGGGCCUGGUGGGGAUGAAAAAUACUGUAACACAAGAGCAAGAGAAAAUGAAAAGAUCGAGUUGAUAAUUGCAGGCGGACUGGUCAUUAUUACAUCUAUUUCAUUGUAUUUUGAAAUCACUGGUGAUCCUUGCAAUCCGAUUGGCUCUUAGCAGUGUGAUUUGCUUUCCAUUUCGGUUUUGAGCGAAAUUUGUUGGUAGUUUCACCUUUUUAAAAGGAAUAUUUUUUUGUAAACGAAAACGGAAAGAGAACUCAUCACACUUUGUAAGCGAAGGUUGUUGAAAUUACCGAACAAUCUUCUACAACCCAACACAAUUCAAAAAUUCCAUUCCGAUUGGCUAACAAACUCGCUAUCUACCAUUUACAGCAUGGCCAGAAAAGGGCCGGAUAUCACAAAAACCAAAUCCCGUAAAUCCUAUAACAUAUAGAUUUAGCCAGGGCUAAAAGCGAAGCCUCCGUUUAUAUACUUAUGAUAAAAGCAAUCAAAUUUGAACUAAUAACAUGAACUCUACGCCAGAAAAAGAGAAAUCUUCAAAUUCCUUCUUAAUUUUAGGAGCCUUCAGCAUCAGUUUACCUCUAGAGGGAGGGGUUAAAUGAUUAAGAAAGAAUAUCCCUCAAACGCACCUGAAAUGAAAAAAAAACUCUCCCAGCCAGCUAAAAGACGUAUAUUCACAGGAUAAAAAUCACUAUGCAUCAAGUCCGAUCACAGAUAGAAUUCUUCCAAACUACGUAUACAUCAUCGAACCACCCCCCACCCAGCCUCGUACCCAGGCCAGUUCGCGCUAUCCGAGUUACACGACAAGAUUGAUAGGUGACGUCACAUCCGUAAUCGCCGAGGACGACUGGGAACGAGGCUGUCACCCACCAAAUACACCACAUCCCUUUGCGAAGUUAUAGGUCUUUCCAGUAGCAGCAAUUUGUAGGUUACGAUAUCUAUAAUGGAAAGUUUUUACCGUUUCGAUACUAAUAAGUAUAAUUCUUACAUAAACUGCGCAGUACGUGCUCAGGUGUUGUGCAGUGCAUACACUACAAAUUAUAAACGUUACAACUACUAUACAGUCGACUCCCGAUAACUCGAACCUUCAAGGGAAAUCUUUAAAAGUUCGAGUUAUCGGGAGUUCGAGUUUUCGGGAGCUCGAAGCAAUAGCCGGAAGUAAGGGAAAACCAGUUUUUACUGUACAGUGAACAUUUUUAUCAUAUUUAAUUGUACAAAUGUUAAGCGAAAAAUGAAAGAUACUUCUAGAUUAUAAAUCAGAAUGUAACGUAAACAACUUAGCUUAAAUAGAGCAUGCGUUUUACUGUUUUGAGUAGUAAAGCUGUUUCACGUUAGAUUUGGGACAAACUUAACAUCAGCCUUCACUAGUAAACUAUAUGCCUACAACACGUUAAUGGGAAAUUCAAAAUCAACGUUUCGGACGACUGUACACUGUUCUUUUUUCCCGACUUUUUAAGCGCUCAAAACAUGGUUAGAGUUAUCGAGGAUAAAAUGAUAUCGAAAUGAUCUGAGGGGAAACAAAAAUUACUUCGAGUUAGCGGGAGGUUCGAGUUAUUGGGAGUCAACUGUACUUAAACUUUAAAAAAAAAAGACAUGCAAACUCAAGCUCGAAAAACCGACGAGUCUGUUAUUAGAAGAAAGGAGAACUCUUUCGUAUUUAGAAAAGCUGAAGUUUACUUUUUUCAGCGAGAAUAGAAAGUGUAAACAAACGCAUAAACUUCAUUACCAACCUGAAAUUUCUUCAACAACGUCGGUGCCUUGGUUAGUCCAAAAUAAACCAAGCACUCAGCCGUAAAGAAAACAAGGUGGAAUUCCUAGAAUGACAAUUUCGUAUCGAAAAGCUUUCGUUUGUCCACAAAAAGGAAACUGAGUAUUCUUUUGAACUUUCUCUUUCCAUUUUUGUCUUUCGUCGGUGUAUUUUCAACCAUUAAAUGCAAAACUUUGAAAACUCUUUGGUAAGCGCACGCCAGCCAUUUUGUUGAAAAUGUAUGUCCUCCACUAAGGCGUCAAAUCCGUUUCAUCCCAUAUCCCCUAAAAACUACCAAACAUAUGCUCACUUGACAGAUUCUGAUUGGUCAAAAAUUUCUUAAGCCUUUUGGAACAGUAGGAAUAAAACUCUCUAGCGGAGUGGGAGGAAUUCGUAUCUAUUGAGAUCUACCCUGAAACAACGUACGGUAACGUCAAAACCAAAUUUUCUCACGUCGAUAGACUCCCGUAUUUCCUUAGCAUUGGGGCUCCGCCGCGCGCUUUGCGAGCGGAGGCUCCGCUAUUAUACACUGUUUUGAAGAAAAUAACGACAAAUACACCGCGACGCGCGCAAUACCAGGGGAAAGGAGAAAAAUGUACAACUGACAUUGCCCUUGGAAACCAUGCAUUGCGGGCGCAACCUUCAGAUUAGUCCUGGAUUUACGCUGAUUUCCAAAAUUAGCCAACAGGAAGACAGAUAGUGAGUACAAGAUAUUCAGUUGUGUUUACUUCCUCACCGACGCAGCAGUACAGUUUCAUUCAUUCAUUUUCACUCCUGUUUAAAUUUAAAACCGUUUUCAUCGCAAUUUCUCUGGUAAAACAUGCAAGAGCACCUUUAUUAAGCAAUAUUUUUGUUUAAGAAAACUUAACUUUACUUAACAUUAUAAUAGCCUAAGUUUUGUAUUGUCAAUCAUUUUUGCAUUGUUUCAAAUUCAUAGACAACCCGUUUAUAUUGAUGAAAGUUCAAGGAUUCCCAUGCCAAAAGGUUUGUGGUGCACGUAAAGGAGAAUGGUCGAUCAAAACCGGAACGUUAGAUGACCCAUUCGCUAAGGAAUCAGUUAUUAACGGCACCAUCAAACCAGCUGGAAGUACUUCUCGUCAGGCAGUGCAGCUACGUUUCUGCUAUUAUGCGAAAAUGAAGGGCGGUUUGUACCUACCAAAUGUUGCGUUCGACCAAUCUCCAUCUCAGCUCUCUCUCCUUUUCGACUCCUUGAAGCAAGUUGGCAUCAUUGAUGUCAUUCGCCCCUGCAAAAUCUGCGGGAAAGACAGAUUCAUUAAAUCAACGACCGUUGUCCCAUACAUUCUUACUCCAAUCUAUUGCAGGAGUUCGUUUUAUUACAUUACACUCAAACCUCAAUUAAGCGGCCAACAUCGGGGUAGAGACACGACUUGCAUUAAAAGCUGUAUCACAAUUAAUACAUGCUGCACGGUGUCAAAACCUACUUUAUUAAUAAUUUAAACACCUUUACAAAUAGAAAAAUUCACUGCACUUCCUUUCUGUCCCUUAUCCGUUUGCAGCUAAAUUCUUGAAGCUUGUGUUCGUUGAGACUCGUGUGAAGGCGAGUACCGCUGAAAGAGAAUGUCAAAGUAAAGGAGGUCAUCUAGCUAGCAUCCACAGUCAGGAAGAAAAUCAAAAAAUCAAACAGAUGGUCGGAUCAGGAUCAAUGGCCUGGAUUGGCUUGAAGAGGAGAACCGUGCAAAACAGACCGUGGAUCUGGACUGACGGCACUGAGCUACACUUCGGGGAGUGGAAGCCCGACGUUACUGACGAUAAAAAUUUUGUUUCCAUUAGUGGAGACGAUGGCUCAUGGGAGGCAAAGACUAAAGAUCCUAAGCUUCCUUUCGUAUGCAAAGUGAUUAACUCUUGUCCAGAUGAAAAUGAGUGA